UAGUGUCCUAAAAAUGCAGUGACACGGCUGUGUUUUUCCAGGUCAUAAGUAUUGGGGUGGUUCGACAGCUUAAGAUGAAAAGUCACGCCCGCUCCAUCCAUGAGUACGGCUUCUCCUCCAGAGUCAAGCAGGUUGACGCUGCCGUGCAUAUCAGCGAAUAUGGGAAAACUGUCUUCUUCAUUGGAGAGUUUUAUUACAGGUAUGAUGAGCUCAAGAGAAGGAUGGACCCCGGCUUCCCCCGACUGAUCCAAAAAGACUGGCCUGGAAUUCCUAAAAGGGUCGACGCUGCCUUUAAGUUAGAUGGUAACAUCUUCCUCUUCAGUGGGGCAAAAUCCUACCAGUACGACUUCAGACAGACACGAGUGAUGAAUACAAUUUCAGCAAACUCUUGGCUAGGAUGUUAAUACAUUGGUAAAUUACUAAUAAUUCAUACUUUAUAUAGUUGAGAAUGCUUAUUAAAGUUAAUAAAGCGAUAAAUAAGUAUCUUGUAUCAUGUAUUUGACUGAAUUGUUUAUUUUGUGGUGCAUGUCUUUACCUGUGACAUUUAUAUAUAUUAUGUGCAAGGAUGGACAGUGCUGAUAACUUAAAAUGUGAAUAUGAAAUGCAAAGUGUAUACUUUUAUUAAUGGAUUAUUGUCUUCAGAUGAACAUUCAAAAUGUACCUUCAAUACUGAACAACACUUAAAAACCUCA